GGCAGCAGAGACAGUGUGAAUGGUGAGGAGGGGCCAUCAGAUCCUGCUGCUACCUAAUGGAAUGGAGCCUUAGGGUGCCCUACACUACCUGACCUUGGCUAGACUCACAGCUUCCUCCCGGAACUGAAGCAAAGGAUUGCCAGGCAACCUCUUUCCUUCAACUUCAAUAGGCAACAAAGGAACCAGGUCCAUCCUUUGGGACCAUGGUUGGGCUUCAGCCGUCAGAAGUACCUCCCACAACAGCUGUGAAGUUCCUGGGGGCCGGAGCUGCCGCCUGUUUUGCUGACCUCCUCACCUUCCCCCUGGACACUGCCAAGGUCCGCCUGCAGAUCCAAGGGGAGAACCCAGGGGCGCAGAGCGUGCAGUACCGCGGCGUGCUGGGUACCAUCCUGACUAUGGUGCGCACAGAGGGUCCCCGCAGCCCCUACAGCGGACUGGUCGCCGGCCUGCACCGCCAGAUGAGCUUUGCCUCCAUUAGAAUUGGCCUCUACGACUCUGUCAAGCAGUUCUACACCCCCAAGGGAGCGGACCACUCUAGCGUCGCCAUCAGGAUUCUGGCAGGCUGCACCACGGGAGCCAUGGCAGUGACCUGCGCCCAGCCCACAGAUGUGGUGAAGGUCCGAUUUCAAGCCAUGAUACGCCUGGGAACUGGAGGCGAGAGGAAAUACAGAGGGACUAUGGAUGCCUACAGAACCAUCGCCAGGGAGGAAGGUGUCAGGGGCCUGUGGAAAGGGACUUGGCCCAACAUCACAAGAAAUGCCAUCGUCAACUGUGCCGAGAUGGUGACCUAUGACAUCAUCAAGGAGAAGCUGCUGGACUCUCACCUGUUCACUGACAACUUCCCCUGUCACUUUGUCUCUGCCUUUGGAGCUGGCUUCUGUGCCACGGUGGUGGCCUCCCCAGUGGAUGUGGUAAAGACCCGAUACAUGAACGCUCCCCCAGGAAGGUACCGCAGCCCUCUACACUGUAUGCUGAAGAUGGUGGCCCAGGAGGGCCCCACAGCCUUCUACAAAGGAUUCAUGCCCUCCUUCCUUCGUCUGGGAGCCUGGAACGUGAUGAUGUUUGUAACCUACGAACAGCUGAAGCGGGCCUUAAUGAAAGUCCAGGUACUGCGAGAAUCUCCAUUUUGAACAAGGUGAUCAGGCCUCUUGGUACUUUCCUCAUAAAAAAGGCUUCCUGGAACGGAACAAAACCUCUCUGCCCAGGGGAUGCAGACCCACACACAUUACGGAACCCUGCACUGUUGCUGUCUUGAGAAACUGAACUAAAAGAGGAAGAGACUCUUGGUCUUCCAUGUUUCAUCCUAAAACACCUUUGUUUUGCACUGACCUGAUGGGAAAUAAAUUAUAUUAAUUUUUAAAACCCUUCCGGUUGGAUGCCUAACAUUUAGGCAAGAGACAACAAAGAAAGCGAGAGCCGACCCCCUUGAAAUGUAGGAUUAAACAACACAUAAUAAACAGGAAAGGCCACAGGCAUUGGGAAGAUCUGCCCACUGUGUUGUCCUUGAAUCAAACAAAAUGGCCGGAGGGACCCUUCAGCUUCAGCACAGAGCUGUGACUUAGCCUUCUCAGUCACCAGAUGACUUCCCCUCUCCGUAAUGAGUCUGCCAAGCAGGCUCCAUCAGGAUUCUUCGGAAAAUGAGAAAGGAAAAAGAACACAUUGACCCUGUACAAAUGCAUCCUGCUGGGCCCACGGAAGACACUGGAGGAUGGAGUGUGUUCAGUGGUAACAGUCCUUCACUGUCUGCCUCCUCAGCGUAUCAGGAAGAUAGAAAGCGAAGCAGGCAUGGCCGAACUUUCUAACAAGACCCGUCUGCAAAUGUAAACACGAGGACAAUGCUUUAGGAGAGAUUCUGUCCAGAGAAGAAGCUUGAGGAAAAUGCAGUUUGUAGUGGUGAAGCCAUGCACACCUGGACCUCGUGGGUAGGACCGUGGGUUACUGAAGCCACCGGACCUGCUGCCUGGUGACAUCAAAGGGCUGGGGGAAGGGCACUGCCUGUCCAUCAGUCCAAAGUAGCAGGACUCAGAAUCUUUAGGGAAUUGUUAGGACUCAGUAAAAGAAUUUCCACCUCAAGGGCAAGACUGAGAACAGCUUCUCUUCUGCCUUCUCUCGGGGAUUUUCUCAUCUCAGGUCCUACUUAUCAGGCUCCUGGCCAGCUGCACCCCCCCACACUUCCUCCGCUUCUCUCGAUGCCUUUGGCUGCAGAGCCCUUGCUCUACCUGUUAAGCCUUCAGCCUUCCUCCUGCAAGAGGGGGGGUGGUGAAGUACAGGACCAACUUCCAAGCUUAAGACUGUGCAUCUGGCAACGAAGUAGCUCAGUGGGGUCAAUUCAUGGGCCCCACAUGGUAGAAGGACAGAACGGACUCUUGCAAAUUGUCCUCUGACCUUCAUAUGAGUGUCCUAUGCAGGUGACUGUACAUACGUACAAACAUGAUAAAGACGGAAACAAAUGUAAAAAAAUAAAAAUAGAAAGUUCUACCAAAUAUGAUGGUUUAAAUGAGAUGCCCCCCAUAUGUCUCAGGCAUUUGAAUACUUGGUCCCCAGUUGUUGGUGGCUACUUGGGGAAGUUAGAAGAUGUGGCAUUUUUGGAAGAAAUGUGUCACUGGAGACUGGCUUGGAGAGUCCAAAGAUCACGGCACUCCGAGUUUUUCUGAUUUUUCGUUUUGAGAUGUGAGUUCUUAUUAGCUACUCCAAUUGUCUGCUGCCCAGCCUCCUCACCAUGAGGGACUUUUAUCCCUCUGCAACUGUAAGCCCCAAAUAAACCUUCCUUCUGUAA